AAGGUCCAAGAUGGCGGACUAAGCGGCGUGGCUCUCCGGAGAAGUUUCACAUUUACGAUCUUAUAGAUUCAAAAAUAGCAUCAAAUACCUCAACUAUUCGCCUUUUCUUAAGCCCGCGAAACGGAUUUUGAGUGUGGAGUGACGGCGUGUUACCUGAAGUGAAGAUUGAAGAGGUGAUAGAAGAUGGACGACUACUGCUAUGCUAAGAUGGUGACGUCAUGUCAAAGAGAAAGUAAAAGAGAAUCAGCGCCACCAACGGAGAACAAUCUGAAAAGCCAAGAUGAAGACGUCCAGCAGCUGAUGGGUAAUCCCGAAGAAGUUUCCCCUCAGUCAGGGGGGAGCUCCACUUUGAAGCAGGAGACUCCACAACCACCCUGCAUUAAAAAGGAAGAGAAGGAACUCUGCAUCACUCAGGAGGGAGAGUGUCUUCUAGGACGAGAGGAAGCUGAUUACACCAAGUUUCCACUAACUGUUGUCUCUGUGAAGACUGAAGAUGAUGAAGAGAAACCACAAGACAAAGACGAGGUUGAAGAACCUUUGAGCAGCGAUAAAGACUGGGAAGACGUCCAGCAGCUGAUCGGUAAUCCAGAAGAAGUUUCCCCUCAGUCAGGGGGGAGCUCCACUUUGAAGCAGGAGACUCCACAACCACCCUGCAUUAAAAAGGAAGAGGAGGAACUCUGCAUCACUCAGGAGGGAGAGUGUCUUCUAGGACGAGAGGAAGCUGAUUACACCAAGUUUCCACUGACUAUUGUCUCUGUGAAGACUGAAGAUGAUGAAGAGAAACCACAAGUAGACAACCUCUUAGCUCCACUAUCAGAUAGUGAGGCUGAAGAUGAGGUUGAAGAACCUUUGAGCAGCGAUACAGACUGUGAAGGUGACAUGAGGACUCACACUGACAACAAACACUCUGAAUGCUCUUCAAAGAAGAGAGGUAAAACAUGUUUGAGCUGCUCAGUUUGUGCUGAAAGUUUUACUAAAAAGGGCCAUUUGACUCAACACAUGAGAACACACACAGGUGAAAAACCAUGUAAUUGUUCAGUUUGUGGAAAAAGCUUUUCUCAAAAUUGCAGUUUGAUUAAACACAUGAGAACACACACAGGUGAAAAGCCAUUUAAAUGUUUAGUUUGUGGCAAAAGCUUUUCUCAAAAUUACCAUUUGACUCAACACACGAGAACACACACAGGUGAAAGACCAUUUAAUUGUUCAGUUUGUGGCAAAAGGUUUUCUCAAAAUUCCAGUUUGACUGAACACAUGAGAACACACACAGGUGAAAAGCCAUUUAAUUGUUCAGUUUGUGGCAAAAGCUUUUCUCAAAAUGUCAAUUUGACUCAACACAUGAGAACACACACAGGUGAAAAACCAUUUAAAUGUUUAGUUUGUGGCAAAAGCUUUUCUCAAAAUUGCCAUUUGACUCAACACAUGAGAAAACACACAAGUGAAAAACCAUUUGACUGUUCAGAUUGUGGAAAAGGCUUUUCUCAAAAUUGCAGUUUGACUGAACACAUGAGAACACACACAUGUGAAAAUCCUUUCUGUUGUUCAGUUUGUGGCAAAAGCUUUUCUCGGAAUAGCAUUUUGACUCAACACAUGAGAACACACACAAGUGAAAAAAAAUUUAAUUGUUCAGUUUGUGGCAAAAGCUUUUAUCAAAAUAGCUUUUUGAGUCGACACAUGAGAACACACACGGGUGAAAAACCAUUUAAUUGUUCAGUUUGUGGUAAAAGCUUUUCUGAAAAUCGCAGUGUGACGGAACACAUGAGAAUACACACAGGUGAAAAGCCGUUUAGUUGUUCAGUUUGUGGCAAAAGCUUUGCUCAAAGUAGCCAUUUGACUCAACACAUGAGAACACACACAGGUGAAAAACCGUUUAGCUGUCCAGUUUGUGGCCUAAGUUUUUAUCAAAAUUGCCGUUUGACUCAACACAUGAGAAAACACACAGGUGAGAAACCAUUUAAAUGUUUAGUUUGUGGAAAAAGCUUUUCUCUAAAUUGCCAUUUGACUCAACACAUGAGAACACACACAGGUGAAAAACCUUUUAGUUGUUCAGUUUGUGGCGAAAGUUUUUAUCUAAAUUGCCGUUUGACUCAACACAUGAAAACACACACAGGUGAAAAACCGUUUAGUUGUUCAGUUUGUGGCGAAAGUUUUUAUCAAAAUUGCCAUUUGACUAUACACAUGAGAACACACACAGGUGAAAAACCGUUUAAUUGUUCAGUUUGUGGCAAAAGCUUUUCUCUAAAUAGCAAUUUGGCUCAACACAUGAGAACACACACAGGUGAAAAAGCAUUUAAAUGUUCAGUUUGCGGCAAAAGCUUUUCUCAAAAUUGCCGUUUGACUCAACACAUGAGAACACACACAGGUGAAAAACCAUUUCACUGUUCGAUUUGCGGUGAAAACUUUUCUAUUAAGAAUCGUUUGACUGAACACAUGAGAACACACACAGGUGAAAAACCUUUUAGUUGUUCAGUGUGCUGUAAAAGGUUCCCACAUAAAGCAGACACAGUAAAACACAUGAGAACACACAAGGGAAAAUAAGCAAUUAGCUGUUUAGUUUGUGGUAUGUUGCUCAUAUGUGGCGACAUCCACCCUACCCAGGACCUCCUCACUGCUUCUUUCACAAAUAUCUGAGGUAUUCAUACAAACUUUGAUUAUUUGGAGUAUAAUCCUAUAUAUGGGGUAUUAUCUACUCAUGACCCCAUGAAACCUUCCUGAACAGUAAGAUAGAUGAUGCUUCAAGUGCUUGGUUACUCCUUCUUCAGUCCAGGGACCUGGGGCCUCAUGUGUCAAGUUUGUGUACGCUCAAAAACCUGCACUACACCCUUUUUCACUGCAAAGUUGAGAUGUAUCAAAACUGACAUAAUUAAAAUGCAGCAUGAGACACUGCACACUGAUAUAGUUCUGUGAAAAUGAUUGUCUUCUGUGCAAAUGUAAAGAAAGUGAACAGUGUGUGAUUUACUGCAAUACUGUCACUCUUUCUACUUUUUAUUUGUGCUUUGUUGGAAUUGUUCACACAUUGCACUGCUUUUAUUUUUCUAUCAAUACACAUUAUGUCUAGAAGACAGGAAGUAACUCAACACUCUUGAAUAGUUUCUACCUCAGUUUGUAAGGUUUGUUGAGUUAGUGAAGUGAAGUGAAUUAUAUUUAUGUAGCGCUUUUUCUCUAGUGACUCAAAGCGCUUUACAUAGUGAAACCCAAUAUCUAAGUUACAUUUAAACCAGUGUGGGUGGCACUGGGAGCAGGUGGGUAAAGUGCCUUGCCCAAGGACACAACGGUAGUGACUAGGAUGGCGGAAGCGGGAAUCGAACCUGCAACCCUCAAGUUGCUGGCGCGGCCACUCUACCAACCGAGCUAAACCGCCGUUAGCACAGUACUAAUAUAUGGAAACGACAAAUGAGGUAGUUGAUACAUAGAAUAGUUUUUAUUCAUGCUUUAUUUAGUUUUUGUUCAAUCCUAGAUGGGUUGUGACUUAAAGUUUAAUUGCUUUGUAGAAACACUGAGAUUAAGUCUAAGUUCAUUGUGUUUUUUAAUUUGUUUCUGAAAAUGCACUAUUGUUUUUCCUCUUGUUCAACUAACUUGAAGUGUUUUGUCAAGAGGAUUAUUUGUAUGUACAUUUUUUUGAAUGUGCUUGUUCUAAUUUGGGCCGAAGUAAAAUAAAGAAAAUAAUCUGAA